UGCUAUGCAUGUUUUUAUUUACAUUGUUGCUAUUAUGAUUUCGCUCGCAUCGAAAAGAUUUUGCCCAGCGAGCACAAGGUGUCAGGCCACAAGAAUUCGGGAACGCCAGCGUAUAAAUAGCGGAAAGAUCAAACGAAAUUUUAAAUAGUGAAAGUGAAAAGCAUAGCCGAAGCAAAGAGCCCGAAUUACCAGCAAAGGCAUAAGAAAUAAGUGUAGUGCGGAAGGGGACAGAGCUCGCCAGUGAAAACACAACAAAAUUGCUGAUACGAUGACGAAGGUGCGGUGCAAGUGAUUACUGCACGUAUGAUGGUCACCGUCGUCGGAGGCAGCAGGAGGAUUGUGAUGGUUUGUGGAACCGGGUGGUAGGUGGUGACCUGUCGUUACAAAUUUGAAGACAUAUCGUGCAAGCUGAGCGAAAGGGCAAGAAAGGGCCUCAUCUGGGAACAGUGAAAGCUUGCCUCAAGAAGGACACAGCCUUGUUGCAAACCCUUUAUGGUGGUUUGCUACCAAAUCUGGCAGGAUAAGGAAGUUCAUGCACAUUUAUCGACAAAAGAGUGAAUGAAAAGCCGCUGGAUACCCGAAUCAUAGAUAAGGAAGGAUUUGCACGAUAUAACAUAUUCGGUAUAGACGAGAGAAUCUUCUCCCUCAAAUCGGUUCGUCCACAGGUUCGCCUUACCGCUAAAAACUUUCAUCAUGCCAGAGCUGAUCGGUGUCGGGGAGUUCCUCGAGGAAACUCGAGAAGACUACAACUCCCCAACGACGUCUACCUUUGUGUCAAGAAUGGCACAAUGUCGGCAAACUAUAGCCGCUCUUGAGGAGACGCUGGACUUUGAUCGAGAGGGGUUAACAAAACUGAAAAAGGCCGUCAAAGCUAUACACAAUUCCGGAAAUACGCACGUGGAUAACGAAAUGUGUUUGGUUAGGGCACUGGAACGGCUCGGUUCAGUCGCCCUGUCCAAGGAGGAACCAGACAUCGGUGCCGCGUUCCUGAAGUUUUCCGUAGUUACCAAAGAGCUCAGUGCGUUGAUGAAAACCCUGAUGCAAAACAUCAACAAUAUUGUGAUGUUUCCGGUUGACUCCCUGCUCAAGUCGGAACUGCGUGGCAUGAAGGGCGAGAUGAAGCGACCUUUCGACAAGGCGGCCAAAGAUUACGAUUCCAAACUGAUGAAGAUAGAGAAGGAAAAGAAAGCGAUCGCGAAGGAGGUUGGCAUGGUGCGGGCGGAGGUUACGCCCGCCGAAAUAGCGGAGGAAAUCGAGAAAGAGCGACGCGUAUUUCAGCUCCAAAUGUGCGAGUAUCUCAUCAAAUUCAAUGAAAUAAAAACCAAAAAAGGCAUCGAACUGCUGCAGCACUUGGUAGAAUAUUAUCACGCUCAAAAUAACUAUUUUAAGGAUGGACUAAAGACAAUCGCCCACUUCGGCACGUACAUCGAGGAGCUCAGUGUGAAGCUGCAAACGAUUCGCCACAAGCAGGACGAGGAGCGCCGCAAACUACUCGAGCUGCGCACCCUACUCCGCUCGACGCCCGACUUUGACCGCGUGGAAAACGUACCACCCGGUGACAAGGGCGGCUCGGCCGGUUAUUCCCUACAUCAGCUGCAGGGAGACAAAAACCAUGGUAUCACGCGUAGCGGCCACCUGUUGAAGAAGAGCGAGGGGAAAGUGCGACGCGUUUGGCAAAAACGUCGGUGUCGCGUGACGGCCGACGGCUUCCUGGACAUUUGCCAUGCGGACGAAACAAAGGCGCCAACGCGCGUCAAUCUACUCACAUGCCAGAUAAAGCCGUUGGCGGACGACAAAAAAGGGUUCGAUCUAAUAAGCUACAAUCGAUCCUACCAUUUCCAAGCGGAGGACGAAGCAGAUCAGAAGGCAUGGAUGUCGGUGCUGAUCAACUGCAAGGAGAAAGCCCUAGCGAAGGCCUUCCAGCACGCCAACCCCCAGAUGAGUCCAAGCCUGAUCGAGUUGCAGAAAACGGUCAUCAAGCACAUACAGAAUCUGCCCGGCAACGACCAAUGUUGUGAUUGUGGCUCCCGCAAUGAUGUCACCUGGAUUAGCUUAAACUUUGGCAUUCUCGUAUGCAUUCAGUGUUCGGGCGUGCAUCGAGAUCUCGGCGUGCACCACUCGCGAAUACAGAGCCUCACCUUGGACAACCUGACCACGGCCCAACUGCUCGUCGCCCGUGCGAUGGGCAACAAUGCGCUCAACGAGGUGAUGGAGGCCACACUGACGCAGGGUAAACUGACCCCGGAGAGCUCAAUGGAAGAACGAUACGAUUUCAUUCGCGCAAAGUAUGUCGCCAAACGGUAUGUUAUGCGAACCUGCGCAGACGAUCCCGAUCUACGAAGUGAUCUCGAACAAGCGAUCAUUAACGCUGAUCUCGGCCAGUUGCUGCAAGUGUGGGCAGAAGGUGCCGAUCUCACUUGCGUCCUUCCGUCAUCGGACUUUGGUGAAACUGCUCUCCAUCUGGCGGUGUUGCGUGAGAUGGGCUCAACGCUGCACAUAGUCGACUUUCUCAUACAGAACAUGACCGCGCAGGGACUGAACAAGCAAACUAACCCACCGGGGCCGAUGGACAUGACGGGUAAAAAUACGGCCCUCCAUCUAUGCGCGCUGCAUGAUCGACGCGAAUGCAUGAAGCUACUGCUCCGAUCCGGUUGUGAUUGCGACAUACGCAAUUCGCAGAACAAACUAGCGCUCGACAUUGCCAAAGAGAUGGGCCACGAUGCUUGCAAAGAAUUGAUUGAACAUGCCAUGAAGCGCGAAAAGAGCGCAUUUGAUCAUAUAAAUACGGAUUGGAACAUUCACGAUGAUGGUUCGACAGAUUUCUCGGAUGACGAUACGGUUAUGAUGGACGAGCGCAAGUCUCGGUCCAGGCCACCGAGCUUCGUUGGUGGUGAUUCUCCGGUUGCCCUCCGCUCCCGGUCAUCGACAUGCGAUUCCAUACAGAGCGGUUCGAGUCCAAGCUCUAGCUGCAAUCCCAAUGCGAUGCGUGAGCAGCAGCAACAGCGUCAAGGGGCACCGAUUCCAUCGUCUGGCACCAGUCCCAAGCAGUUCAGCACCGGCUCGGCGACAUUCUCCUCGCACUACGGUGGUGGAGGAACAGCAGGUUCGAUAUCCAAUGCUACUACCAGUGGCAUUGGUUCGGCCGGUUCUGCUACCGGAUCUAGUCCUAAUUCUAACAGUUCCAAUAGUCUGUUACGCCAGCAGCAGGGGGUUGCUGUGGGGCCUCCAUCUAACACGGCACCAUUUUCGAUGACGCAAGGCAAGAAAGCUUCGGCCGUUAACGUAGCUUCGUUGAAAAAGCGUACCGCACCGGCACCGCCACCGACGACCUACGGUACCUUACCGCACGCACCACGACAUUCCCAGAAUCUGGACGGUGACAUAUUCGGCAUUUCUUCGCAACACGUACUUCAUGGUCAUCACCACCAUCAUCCGGAUAUGUACAGCACACUGCCACACCUAAGAGGUUCCGACUCCGGCGCCAGCAGCAGCAGUAGUAGCGCCCUAGCUGGUGGCACCGGGCCGCCGCUUCCGUUGUCGAACGAAGUGCGGGGUGGUUCCACCAAGUCCAUCCAGGCGCAGUUGCACUUUGACAAUAAAAUCUUCGAUCGCUACGAAGCAUACGCGCCGGUAGGUCCCACGGCUGUCGGUGGCGUGAGUGGACAGGGGCGAGAUCCAAACUUUCUCAGCACCUUCACCGGGGGCCACAAACGUUCACCGAGCGGUGAAUCGCUUGGUCGUAAUUUAGCCGGAGCUAAACUUGUACUGCCACCUGCGGGAGAAAUUCCACAACUCAAACCCGUUACCAAUCGUCCGAAGCAACCAAUCCCAUCGCAAGCGGCCGGGUUUGCCACGAGUGCUGCAGAUAAAUCAAUAUCUAACGGACAAUCGAACGAAAGUUUGUCUUCUAUAGAUGAUGCUGUCAUCCUUAGGCGAAGGGCAAAAGGACCUACGGCGGGUCAAGUGCUCAGUGCAGAGGAGACAGUAAAGGGAAAAUUAGCUGGAGAAGAAGGAGGAGGAAGAGGGAGACGAAGUGGAGACGGUAUAGGAGCAGGAGCGUACGGAGAAUACGAUUCCUCCGGGGCGGGAACACACAUGCUCGAUCAUUCAGUGACUUCGUCGACCGGAAACUUCGAUUCUUCCAACAGUAGCUUUAGCCGGAACGACACCAGUGGUGGCGCUUCAUCGGUCGGGUUGGACUUUUCCAACAGAAGCUUUGCCGGAGGAUUGCGUAGGUGCCGCGCACUGUACGAUUGCAACGCUGACAAUGACGAUGAGCUCGAGUUCAAGGAAGGGGAAAUACUGGUUGUGCUGAACGAAAGAACCGACGACGAAAACUGGAUGGAAGGCCAAAUCGAAGGAGACAGCACGCGGCGGGGAAUGUUCCCGGUUAGCUUUGUGCAAAUGAUAGAAGAGUGAAAAGUAUCUCCGGCGUCGUCGACGACUGGUCUCACACAGUCGUAAGCUGCCGGGCUGCCAAAAUUAUGAUACGUGUCUAUUCCUCCUCGCGUUCCAACACGCCCUGUUCCUAGUCCCUCGGAAGACCGAAUGCAUAGUAGAAGCGUAUGGUUGUGCUGUCGUUUUCCGGGCCCGUUGUGGUUUUUAAGGGUAUUAGAAAAAAACCUAGCAUUAUAUGCAAAUGUUGUAAACUCAAUUGGUUAAUUUAUUUCCGUGCGUCAUGUCUAGUGAUUCUGUGCACCCGAACGAUGCUAUCGGUGUACGCGAACGUUUGUUCAUCAUCUCUUAUUUAUUGCGUUACAAUUUGGACAUGCAUGUAAAUUAUGCAUUUGGAUCAUGAGAGAUUAAUUUAUGGCUUUUCUAGCAGACUAAAACAAAAACAAAACAAUGAUCUUGAUAAACGACGAUACUACAUUGUGAACCGUAACAAACCGCGAUUUCGAUGUGUGUUUAUGUAUAGUUUUUGGCUUAUUUUAGGGAGAGAAAAGUAAUCCUGUUUCGUAUACAGCUUGUUUGUUUUAUUCACAUGACUCUAUAGCAUUCAGACGCGUUACAAUAUUGAGCAAGAUUUCUGGAAUGUUUAGAUGCGCUUAUCAAAAGUGUCAAGAAUGCUAAAAAACACUAAAAGAAAGACGUCCAAAAAAAUUUGAAGAAGAUUAUGUAUGAACACGCGCAUUACCAGUGUAAUGUGAAAAAUUCCAUUUAAUUUAAGUUGACGAAGUGAGGAGAACUAUAAAUGUUUGUAGCAUUCGAUUGUAAUAUAGCGCUAUAAUAGAUGUGAGGAUCCAUUCCGAGGAAUGAAAUAUAAGGAACAUACAAGUAUCAUAGUUCGCUGUUAUAGUUGAGCAAAGGAAACGCAGUCCGCUCCAUGUGGAUGAUCAGUUUAGUAUUUAACAUUAAAUAAAUGAAAGUAAAAUGUGCCAGUGCCAGUAUGUGAAACAAUCUUACGGAAAAAUACAAAAAACUUACCUACAGAAAAAGAGAUGAUCAUACUGAUAAGCUAAGACAAGUUAUGUUACAUUUACUUUAUACUAGUAGCGGAGGGAUUGCCUUUUUGAAGGCAUCACUUUUUUAUUGUGUAGUUACCAAAGUCUGGCUAAAUCUAUGCUUGUCCUUUCGAUCUA